AGACUAUCUGUAAAUGUGAAGCCAUUUAAAGGUCUGGUAAUCGACCGUAGAGUGGAUGCGGCCAUCGAUGAGAUACUGGAGCUGACGCUCAACCGAUUCGUGAAUCAAUAUUUAGAAGACUUUGCUAUCAAUACAAACAAAUUGGACCACGAGUUGAGACAUAUUCUGCGGACACUUCUCUCGGCACUGAUCCGGAGGGCAAUGGAUGUGAACAUAACUGACUUCCUGUUGGAACAGUUGCCCAAAGUAUUGACCCAUCAUUUGGAGACAUAUGUCGCCGGCAAAAGACACUCGAAAACUGCUCAAUACGUCGAGGAAUCGGUUCUCAGAGAAUACGGACAUCUCAUUCAUCCGGCGAUGAACGGCAGGGAAGAAGAGAUAAAGUACUUGACAUCAGUUGUGGAGAGAGUAUUACCGCAUAUAUUGCCGCCGAAGUACAUGAACUGCAAACUCGUCGACUGUUUCUUCAAACAAUUGAUGGCCUGUUCUGUUCUGUUGCCUCUGAUGGACAUCAGCGGAGAUCCCGACAAAAUAAACGCACUUCUUGUGGUACUGUUGGAUGAAAACACACUUUCGGUGAAUGAGAAUCGGAAUAACAGCGAAAAUAUGGUGGAAAUUCUGGACACAUUUGUGGCCAACAAAGGCAGUCAUACGAGAGACUCAAACGGUUUGAAAAUGGGAAACAAUGAAGAAUUAAAGUAUCAAGAUAAUAAUAUGAUGGCCGUAUCGUUGAGGCACUUACUGUCUGACCACCAGUUGUUGUUUCUGUUCCAACAGUUCUCUAAAGACGAG